UUUGUUUAACGGCCGUCUGCGGGGCUUGUUCCUCUGUCGUCGGGCAGCAGGCGCUUCAAUAAGCUGAAUAAACGAAGCGUUGUACGCCAUGGCAUUCUUUGGUUUAACAGAUCUGGGCUACCAGAACCCAAUAGGCGACAAAAUGAUUACUGAUGGCCGCGGAGCGUCUCUACGUCCGGAUGGCAGUGUCAAAGCAGAAGUGCCUGUUUCGCUUCAGAGACUACAGGGACCCCCCGGAUUUACAGAUGCCAACAUUGUCCAGCCUCUUCCUUACAGCACUGACAUACACAAAGGGAGUCACUGCCGAUACCGAGAGAUGCUCAAACGCGCUUCAGCCCCAAGAUCUCCUAACCAGCUCUACAUAAUGCCUCUGACGGACAACCAGCAGUAUGGAUGGUCCGUUUCCAAAAUCCCUGAACCAUGGACUCAAGUGAAGCGGUUUCCCAGAAAGAACAGUGAGAUGUCCAAGUUUGUUAAUGAUAUGUCAAUGACAGACCGGGAGUUCAGCCUAUUCUGAUGGCUCUCAUCAUUCAUAGUCACAUACCACACCUUUACCUGAACAUCAACACGUCAAACGCAGCAUCGGUGUCGAUGUGAAUGUCUGAGAUUAAACCGAUAACUCUUGAACUUCUGGAGAUUUGCAUGCUUCAUUUGAUCGAUUCCGGCAUUAAUGGUUAUUCUUAUUUCUAUGAAUUGACUUAUACUGUAAGCCUUGGAAGUUAAAAGUUGUAUACAGAGAUACACAAGCAGCAAAUAAAAGAACAAACUGGCACAUAUAAGCUGAAACUGAGCUUAAAAUGAGCAGUUGUGAACGUGGUCUAAUACUUUUAAAAAGGUAUUUUCUUGUCAAAAGUCCUGAAAUUUCCCUUAGCUGUCUAGCCUUCUACGAAGGACACAACGCAGUCAUGCUGAGGCAUGUGGAGUCCACUUUCAGGUUCAUCAUGGAUUUUCCUGUGGAUAUCUUCCAAGCCACAACUUACAUGCCAAAUAAAGCGAUGUGUCUGCACAGUAACCUGACAAGUCUGUUCAUUUGAAUUACAGUUACGUAGACGAUCAGCACGUUUUUGAUCUGAUCAAACUUGUGGGAUUCUGUCACUGGUCUUUGGACUGUUAAAAUACACUGAUGUUAUCUUUUA